AUGCGCAGUGCGGUUACUUGCAUCAAGAGCCCGGGUGCGGCUCUCUGCACGGACACUGCCACCUGCCGCACCAUCACGUUGAGCUGGCCCGAGUCGCUGAACGCCAUGUCCCUGCCGAUGGUGCAGGACCUGCAUCGCCUGUACAUCACGGAGCCGCAUCCCAACAAGGAUGCCGUGUACGUUGUGCGCGGUGACGGGCGGCGCAGCUUCUGUGCUGGCGGCGACCUGAAGGCCCUCACGGGGCCCGACCAAGGCACGCACAACCCGCUGUUCUACCGCCUGGAGUACGAGGUGGACUCGCACAUUGCGACGAUGCGGCGCACGCAGGUGGCGAUGUGGGCGGGGCACGUGCUGGGAGCGGCGUCGGCGUGUCGGUGCACAGCCGCUACCCGCGUUGCGUGCGAGACGACGCGGUUCGCGAUGCCGGAGACGCAGAUCGGCGGCGCGAACGACGUUGCGACGAGCUGGGUGUUCUCGUCGCUGCCUGUGCGCGGGCUUGGCGCGUACCUCGCGAUCACGGGCAACGCGCUGCACGGCGCGGACGUGUUCCACGCGGGCCUGGCGACCCACUACAUCCCUGUGGAGAAGUUCGACGCUGUGGAGGCUGCCCUGGCUGCGCUGCCGUCGUCGGAGGGCGUUGCGGCGUGCCUGCGCGGGUUCAGCGCGGACGUCGCUGUGCCGCCGUUCACGCUAGCGGAGAGCGCGCCUGUGCUGGCGAAGGUGUUCGGCGCGAUCACCGCCUCGACGCGCGUGCGGGACAUCAUGGACGCGCUGCGCGCGGACGGCGGCGCGUUUGCUGCGAGCGCGCUGGCGGUGAUGGAGCGCAACUCGCCGCUGGGCAUGACGCUUGCGCUGGAGAACAUGAAGCGGCAGCACACGGCCGGGUGCACCAGCGUGAUGGACAGCUUCCGUGGCGACUAUGCGGCGAUCCAGUCGUCCAUCUUUGUGGCCGAGCUGGCGAAGGGCGUGGAGGCGCUGUUCGUCACGAAGGAGAAGCGUCCGCAGUGGAAGGUAGGGUCCGUGGACGAAAUCAAUGUGGAGCUUGUGCGGAAGCAGUUCGAGCUCGUGGAAGGUUUCCCGCCCCUUGGAAAUGGAAAGUGA